CACAACAGUCAGCUGGGGAAAGGAAGAUGUGUGGUCGCUAGACUACCGACUAACCGGGAAGCGAAACGCAAGCCGAGCAAGAUCCGGUACAUUGACGCAGUCUACAGUUCGAAGACGAUUAGUAGAGAUUUAUACCCACUGUAUCCAUAAGACGCGCGGGUAUUUAACAGUUCCGUCGCCAUUAUGUCUGGUCAAGCGUUGCAAAGGAACAACACUGAGGAGGAUGCGGGGGGCGCGCGAGGUUUCGCCAGGCAGGGCGCUUUGAAGCAGAAAAACGUGCUCGAAGUGAAGAACCACAAGUUCAUCGCGCGCUUCUUCAAGCAGCCGACCUUCUGCAGGCACUGCACCGACUUCAUCUGGGGUUUCGGCAAGCAAGGCUUCCAGUGUCAAGUGUGCUGUUUUGUGGUCCACAAGCGCUGCCAUGAGUUUGUUGCUUUCUCCUGCCCAGGGGCUGACAAGGGCCCUGCAUCAGAUGACCCACGCAGUAAACAUAAGUUUAAGGUACACACAUACUCCAGCCCUACAUUCUGUGACCACUGUGGAUCUUUCCUGUAUGGACUUGUAAAACAAGGGAUGAAAUGUGACACUUGCUUGAUGAAUAUUCAUAAACGAUGUGCGGAAAAUGUUCCCAGUCUGUGUGGAACAGACCACACAGAGAGGAGAGGACGACUUCAAAUAGCUGCUGACAUAAAACAAUUAGUUCUCACCGUGACCAUCAAGGAGGCUCGGAACUUGGUGCCAAUGGAUCCUAAUGGCCUGUCAGAUCCAUACGUGAAGCUUAAAUUAAUUCCAGAUCCAAAGAAUGAGAGCAAGCAGAAGACCAAAACCAUCAAGUGCUCCCUCAAUCCAACUUGGAAUGAAACCUUCAUCUUUAAUCUCAAAGCUACAGAUCAGGACAGGCGUUUGUCAGUGGAGAUUUGGGAUUGGGAUUUUACCAGCAGAAAUGACUUUAUGGGAUCACUGUCUUUUGGCAUCUCUGAAUUGCAGAAACAAAGUGUCAAUGGAUGGUUUAAGAUGCUGGGCCAAGAGGAAGGGGAAUAUUUCAACGUUCCAGUCCCACCAGAUGGAGAAGAGGGCAAUGAAGAAUUGAGGGAGAAAUUUGUGAGAGCCCAGAUUGGCCCUGGAAAUAAGAAUAUAGAUGACUCUACAAAGAAUGACACCUUCAAAUACGAUGUCAAUGGCAACCAAGACCACAUGAAACUCACAGACUUCAACUUCAUCAUGGUGCUGGGCAAAGGCAGUUUUGGCAAGGUAAUGCUUGCAGAGCAUAAAGGCUCAGAUGAGCUUUAUGCGGUGAAGACCUUAAAGAAGGAUGUUGUCAUUCAGGAUGAUGAUGUUGAAUGCACUAUGGUGGAGAAAAGAGUUCUCGCUCUCUCUGGCAAACCGCCCUUCCUCACCCAACUCCAUUCCUGCUUUCAGACAACGGACCGUCUUUACUUUGUGAUGGAGUAUAUCAAUGGUGGAGAUCUGAUGUACCAGAUACAGCAAGUGGGAAAAUUUAGGGAACCCCAUGCUGCGUUCUAUGCUGCAGAAAUUGCCAUUGGCCUCUUCUUUCUCCAUUGGAAGGGCAUUAUUUACAGAGAUCUGAAGCUGGAUAAUGUGAUGUUGGACUCUGAAGGCCACAUUAAGAUUGCAGAUUUUGGCAUGUGCAAAGAGAACAUUUUUGAAAGGAACACAACUAAAACCUUUUGUGGCACUCCAGACUACAUUGCUCCCGAGAUCAUUGCUUAUCAACCGUAUGGAAAAUCUGUUGACUGGUGGUCCUAUGGAGUUCUCCUGUAUGAAAUGCUGGCAGGACAGCCCCCUUUUGAUGGUGAGGAUGAAGAUGAGCUUUUCCAGUCGAUCAUGGAGCAUCAUGUGUCUUACCCCAAAUCCAUGUCCAAAGAAGCAGUGGCCAUAUGCAAGGGGCUGAUGACCAAGCACCCAGGCCACCGUCUGGGCUGUGGACCAGAGGGAGUGAGAGACAUAAGGGAACACGCUUUCUUCCGCUACAUGGACUGGGACAAACUGCAGAAGAAGGCAGUUCAGCCACCCUUCAAACCCAAAUCAUGCGGUCGAGAUGGAGGGAACUUUGAUAGUUUUUUCACCAGCCAUCCUCCCAUCAUGACCCCUCCCGACCAGCAAGUGAUUCAAAACCUGGACCAAACUGAAUUCCAGGGCUUCUCGUACAUUAAUCCUAAAUUUGCAUCUAUUACAUCCAAGAAGCCAGUUUUAGCUCAAUAUUAGUAGCUCAUUAUUGGGAGCAAUCAGAUUACAGACCCUAAAAUGACAGCGUUUGAAUGGGCCUAAGAGAGUGAACCAGAUUGAUGGAAUUGAGCUAAUUUCUAUAUACAAUGUUAUACAAUAUUCAUCCUGCAUAUUCUUUCAAUUCAUGUUGCUUAAACCCCUUAUUUCGGGAAUUAUCAAGGGAAAUUGUCUAACUUUGUAAAUGAGCUUAUAAAAGAGUGAGUCUAUGAUGCUUUUGUUUCAUAUACUGUAAUAUUACAGGUCUUAAAAGUCAAACGUAUCUGGGUGAAUCUCACUGUACCUUUUAAGAUCAUGUCCAUGUCAGAUUUUGCCCCAAAAUCAAGAAGUAAAUGUAAAUGAAUAAAAUAAGUUACAUUUGUAAAUUGAUAGCAAUGUAAAAUAUUAAAAUUAAUCAGUAGUAUUUUUUCCCAGAACAGUAAUUAGAAUUAACAUUUUUAGUGUUAUGGUAAUGAGUUUUGGUUAGGGAAAUGUGCUAAAUUGUAAUGAAAAUAAUGUCACGUUGCAAAAUGGUUUUAAAAAUGGUGUUUUGCUAUAUACAGGUAUAUAUGAUUUAUUUUUUUCUGAUUUUUGGGUGAAAUGUGAACUUUUUCUCACCGAUUCACACAUUUGACUAAGCUGGAAAAUUUCUUUGGAAUAUCAGUUAUAGAUGCUUUGGUUGGGUGUUGUACGUGGGCUUGUGUGAAACUGUGCCAAGUCAGAGAUUAAAAUUUAGGAACUGGUCAUGCCAACAUAUAGUUUUCCAACCAGUGCACAACUUAAACAAAGAUCAAUCAAAUGGAAAUGAUAGUGAUGUGAUAUAACAUCUUUGCAACUGAUUUUCAGACAUGAUUAUUUUAAUUACUUCUUUACAAGAACAUAUCUUUUUGUUAUUAUUCCUCAAUAUCUGUGAUUUAUGACUUUUUUUACUUGUUACCUGCGCCUAGCAGUGUUUGGAUCAAAUUAUUUUGUAACUGUGGACAGACUGUUUCUAUAGAGAAAAUAUAUGUAUUUAGAAUAUAUAUUAAAAUCUC